GGAAUUCAAACAUCAAAGGGAUUGUGUGUAAAAUGGAGCGGUAGCUAAAUUGAAUGAAACAUCGGCCUUUGUCCGCUAUUUUAGCGUUUAUUUAACAUCAUUUUCGAAAAUCUUGCGCGAGUUUUUGUGAGCGUUUUUGAUUGAGAAACGGAAAAAGAGCCCCAGCCAAGAAUCCAUUCUGUGUGAAAAGGGCUGUGAAGUGCAGAAAAAUUUUUGGAUGUGCAAAGCAGUGUAGAAACAACGUCAAAAACCCCCCGACGAAAUCGGUUGUACAGGAGAGGCGAGAAAAAGAAAUCGAUAAUCUUUUUUUGUCCUCCACCACACCAAAAAAAGAAGCCCAUUUUCUACAUUGUUUUUGGGUUCACUACAGAAACCACAAAAAUCAUCUGAAAUAAACCAUUUCUUCGGUUUAUGGCUUUUCCAUGAGAGAUUGACUCCAAAACUCAAGAGACGUAAGGACAGAUUUUGCAAAGACAAAAAAAGGGAGGAAGAAAAUCAAGGAGCAGAUUUGGAUAAAUUGUGUCAAUUUGAUGACCUUCUGCAAAAAUAUAAAGUCAAAUUGACGAAUGAGGAAAUUGAGAGAAAACAAAGUAGAGGCGGCAAAGGAAUUAAGCAAGGAAGAAGCUCAAAUUGAGAGUGUUUGAAAUAAAUUUCAUCAUAUUUCUUACGCUCUAAGUGGAAGACCGUGAAAAAACAAAAUAACACACAGAACAUCCUCUUUGAGAAAAAGGAAAAAAACAAAAGAAGUAGUCCGCUCGCAUCUGAAAGACACCUUGAGGAAGAGAUUUAGUAAAUCUUAAAAAAUCUCCAAGAGACUCCUUCAGAUAAAUCAGUUUAUUCGAUUUAAAUCAGUUAUUUUUUUUUAUAAGGAGAGCGAUUAUCCGUGAUACAGUACAAUAUUUGAUAUAUAAAAAUACCUUCUUUUCGCUGUUAAACUCUUUUUUUUUUUGGUACGAGAACGGUUUUUUCUUUCCUAUUCAUAAUAAAAAGAACUUGUGUGUGCAUUUCUAUUUGAACUGUGAGCUAAGAGACCCCCAGUUCUGUGCAUUCAACAAUGGUGGAGCGAAUUCUCGAGGAAUCUGACGUUAACGUCAUUUCCAUAUCUAAUGUUUCCCAUGCGGAGGUUACGCGGUACAGCAGCGAGGAGAUUUCUGGAAAUGAGUCCACGGAAACGCGUGUCCUCACCGAAACGGAGCGGCAGGCUGACUUCAAUCGGCACAAGGAGGAAAUGAAGAGGAAGCGCCGUAAGAAGAACAGGACUAGCUCCUCACUUCAAUCAUCCACCUUCCAGGAAUUGUAUAAGCUGACGGGAGAAAUUUUGGGCGAAGGUGCUUAUGCAUCGGUCCAGACGUGUGUCAAUAUCUACACGGAUCUGGAGUAUGCUGUGAAGAUAAUUGAUAAGAUUCCCGGACACGCUCGUGCCCGUGUUUUCCGUGAAGUGGAGACUUUCCAUCACUGUCAAGGACAUCCGGGUAUCCUUCAGUUGAUUGAAUUCUUCGAGGACGAUGAGAAGUUCUAUUUGGUCUUUGAGAAGAUUAAUGGGGGACCCCUGUUGACGCGUAUUCAGGAGUAUGUUUGCUUCUCGGAACAUGAGGCGGCUCAGAUAAUCCGGGAAAUAGCAUCUGGUUUGGAUUUCUUGCAUAAGAAAGGAAUCGCCCAUCGUGAUCUAAAGCCUGAGAAUAUUCUCUGUGUGCACCCGGACAAGCUGUGCCCCAUCAAAAUUUGUGAUUUCGAUCUCGGAUCCGGCAUUAAAUUCACCACCAAUAUCUCAUCGCCGGCCGCAACGCCACAACUACUCACGCCGGUGGGAAGUGCUGAAUUCAUGGCGCCCGAAGUGGUGGAUCUGUUUGUCGGUGAGGCGAAUCACUACGAUAAGCGAUGCGAUCUCUGGUCCUUGGGUGUCAUUGCGUACAUCCUUCUCUGUGGCUAUCCACCAUUCUCAGGGAAUUGUGAGCAGGAUUGUGGGUGGAAUCGUGGUGAAAACUGUCGUACCUGUCAGGAGUUGCUGUUCGAGUCCAUCCAGGAUGGUCGAUUCGGCUUCCCCGAGCCCGAAUGGGAUGGUGUCAGUGAUGAGGCAAAGGACUUGAUAAGGGGGCUCCUGGUGAAGGAGGCGCCGAAGCGUCUUAGUGCCGAGGCUGUUCUUCAGCAUCCAUGGAUCAGGAUGGCCGAUGAGGAGGACACCAUCGAUGGUGUGGUGAGAGACCAGAGACGUAGGGCUCUCCAGACACCCGGUAUUAUACGCCGCAAUCAAUCGGCACGUGAAUUGUCACAAUUUGCUGAAUCGGCAAUGGCUGUGAAACGUGUAAUUUUGCAGCAUUUCUCAAUGCGCUACGAUUACAUGACAAAAGAACGUCCAAAUAUCUAUCAGCCAUCGAAGAAUGGCCUCGAGGAUGCCAAGACCACACUGCGGCAGCACAUGGAUCAGCACCAGGCGCGCACCAGCGGUCAGGGUGCCCCAGCACUGGGUGGCAAUGGUGGUGGUGGUGGCGGCGCCAGUGGUGCCGGGAAAUUUGGGAAGGGUCUCGAGUGUGGGGCACCCAAGGGGGCGCUCGACAGUAUUAUGGAGCUGAAGGAGAAGCUCCCGGCUGAGGGGUUGGUGGAGCGCAGCACAAAGCGCAGUGUGGACUCGAGCAAGAAUCGACGAAAGAAUCCCACCAAGGGUGGCCAAAUGGUGGCCAGGGGAGGUAUUCCACCUGAGGAGAAUUGGCGCUACAGGAGUAGCACAUCGGCUGAUAAAUAUCCACUAGGCUUUAAGAAUUAUCGUAGUUUUAACAAUCAGCAAUACAGCAACAAUCACAUCCGCAACUGGCGCAAUGAGUGCGUCUUCGCUCGCCCAUGCGGCAUGUCCGUUGUGCCGUCCAAUGAUACAACACGCGCCGGCCAUGAGGACGACACGGGCUCCGGCAACUACAUUGGGCUAUCGCCACCCAGUGAGAGUAUCCUUAUGCAGCGUCGUCUGCGUUCCAUUGCAUCGCGUGCUUCCAGCAUUGAGAUACGUGGCGGAACGACGGCAACAGCUAGCGGCUAGUGCGGACCCAGGUGCGCAUCCAUUCAUCAAUCAUCCCCCUUCAUCCUCCAAAAACACAGUGAGUUUUCCAAAAAACAAAGCAUUUUCCCACCCCGCAAGCAUCCACGAUGCAAAAAGGGCCCAUAAUAUUGUGAAUUCUGCUCUUCCAUUUUGCGAGUGAAGAAAGUCCCUCUUUUUGCAUGGGGUUCAGCUAUUCGAAAUUAUAAAAAGAAAUGAAGAAUUGAUUUCUCAUCAUCUUGAAUUAUAAAUUCAAUAAAUUCAAAAUAUUUGUUUUUUAUUUAUUCACCUUGAAAUUGAUCUCAUUUUAUUUUGCAAAAUUCCUAAUGAAAUUUCCUUGUAAAGGAUUUGCAAAAUAAAGUGGGAAAGAUUUCUUCAAAAUUGUAUCACAUUUAGAUGAAAAGAUAUGGCAAUUAAGCGAAGAUUUAAUGAUCUUUUGAAAAUAUUUUAAAGAAAAAUUACCCGAUUUUGAUGAAAUUGUCAAAGAAAAUGAAGAUUUUUUAAUCAAAUCGGUUGAAUUAAUUUGGUUUUAUUUAUCCGAUUUUGAUAAUUUCAACCGUCAUUCAAUUCGGUUUUUUGAUAGUCUCAAAUUGAUUAAGGAAAUACUGAAAGUUUCUAUUUUUAACUAAAUCCGACAUUUUGUCCGAUUUUAAUAAAACUGAACAUCAGAAUUAAUAGAAUUCGGACGUCUUGGCUAAAACCAAAUUAUUUGCAAUUAGGCAAUCAAUUUUAAUUAUUUUCUCAUUUGCCAAAAUGUUUCAUAGAGUUCCGAUUUAACCUAUUCGAUUUUGAUAAAAAAUAAUUUUUAGUAAAGGCAACAUUUAUUUCCUUUUCAUAGCUAACUCAUUCAAUUUGAAUAGUGUUGAAGAUUUUUUAAUCUCUUAUCAAGAUCGGACCAAUAUUUAGGUCCGAUUUUGAUUAAUAUACAAAAAUUGAAAAGGAGAUAAAUUUUACUUUUUCAAAAAUGAAUUAUAAUCAGAAAGUAUUCCAAAUCGGAUUUAUUAAAAGCAUUAACAAAAAAAUUCUCUUUGACAAUUUCUUAUCAAAAUCUGAGCAUUAAACCGAUUUUGAUAAAAAAAAUGAAUUUUAUUGUUUUACAAUAAAUUUAAAAAAAACAAUGAAGCAAAAGAUUUUAUUAAAAUCGGAUAAAUACUGACAAAAUGCCCAUUUAACAAUAUUUUUAAAAAAUCUGGAAUUUAUCAAAAUCUUAAAAAAAACAAAACUAAUUCUUAAAUUUAAAUGUGAUACCAUCAACCCUUUUCAAAUUGACUACAACUCCAUCAAAUCAAUAUGGGAUGAUCAGCAAUCUCUGAGAUUGUCUUCACUUGCAUUACGACCUGAUGAAUUUCUUUAAAAGUCCUUUAUUUUUAAUCCCCGUACCUUGGAGCCAAAAUAACCUUUAUAUUCUCAAAGAGAUAUAAAGAAAAAAAAUCAUCUAUCACAAAAAAAUUAACAUUACAAUAUUUUUUUUUUAUAAAAAAGAGAGAAAUGAGAAGGAACUAAUCACAAUCAUCCAUCCAUUUUUUUUUAAAUUGAGAACUUCUCAUUUCUCUCACAAUGCGAAAGCUUUUGGUGUGUGAAUGCGUGUAAUUUGGCAAGAAAAAAAAUAAAAGAUUUUUUGAAGACAACGAAGUGAAAAAAAAACAUCCCCUUCUGUUGUUUUUCUACAGUUUUAUUAUACAAAACAUGUGUGAUUGCGUAAAAAACAAAACGAGUGUGCUAAAAAAGAGAAAAAUAUAAUGAAAAAAAUCUGUGAGAAAAAAAUGAGAAAAGAAGACGUGAAACCAACAGGAAUGAAUGUGGGGGAGAGAAGGGAGAAGAAGUAUAAUAAAAAAUGUGAUCAUUUGUCAGUCAUUCAAUUUACAACUUUGCAUAAAAGAAAAUGAAAUGAGAGAAGAUUAAUAAUUUUUAUAACCAUUUAAUUGUAAAACGAAAAAGGGUAUAAUGUUGAAAAGAAGAUGCGAAGGAGGAAGAGAAAAAAUGGUAUGAAGACACACUAAAUAUCGUACAUUAACUAUGAUAGAGGGAAAGUCACAUGAAUAUGUUGCCAUGUUAUAUUUUUAUUUUAUUUUUUUUUUGCAAAUCUUUUUGUGUACAAUUUGAAAGUCAUUAUAAAAAAAAAUUGUCUGAAGUGAUUGUGGAGACAUAAUUCUCGCGACACAGAGAAUAUGAUUGUUGAAUUAAUGUAAAAGAAAAUCUUCUUUUCUACUUUAUUUGAUUAUUUCACUUUUUUUCUUCAAAUUUGAAGAAGAAAAGAAAUAAAAACCAUUGAAAAUUAAAAUAAGAUCAUCUCCCAGUGUCAGAGCAUUUAUUAUUUUUUUUGUAUGUUAAGACUUCUUAUAGAAAAUCUUCUUGCAAGUUUACUUUUUUUCUAAAAAAGAAAAAUAAAUGUUUAGAGAAAAAGUUUUCUUGCACAGAAGAUGGCAUCAUUGACAUUACAGAAACCACAAAAAAACCAUUUUUAAAUAUUUCCAAAAAUUAUUUCUCAUUGCUAUCAUGAAAUCAUUGCAAGGAUGUUAAUUCAUAUUUACAUUUUUAUAUUGAGAGUUUUAUCUUGUUUAUUCGUCAACAGAGGGCUUUCUCAGACAGUUUUUGAGUAUAAUAAAAUUGAUUUUAAUUUUUUUUAUUGAUUUUUGAAGUCAUUUCGCGAAUUUUGAAAAAUAUUUUUAUUACUAAACUUGUUCUGAAACGACUGAUAAUUAGCUUAAUGAUUAGUAUUCUUUCUUGCGAUUUCGAAUAUCGAGGGUUCGAGUCCUGACAGAUUUUUUUUUCACUUAACAUUUUUUUUUCAAAUCGUUUUUCUUGAGUUUAUCUCAGAAAAGGACAUUUGAAAUUAACAAAAGUUGAGAAGGAAUAUUCGGAGCACCUAAAUAUCAAUGUUAACUCUCAAUUGAGAAGAUAAAAAAAAAUGAAUCAAGUCAGGAAUCGAAUCAAAGAACUUUGCAAAAGUAACAGAAAGUGCUGACCAUUGGACUAAAUUACAGUUCAAAUCAGAAAUGUGUAAUAUUAUUAUUAUUAUUAUAAUUUUCAUGUUUAUGUGAAAAGUUUCCAGGAUUUUUCAUUAAACUUUAAAUCUUGGACCUACAAUGGAACCCUAAAGAAGGUUUAUCCUGAAGACGAAUAAAUCAGAUAAAAGCUCAAAUAAUAAAAAUAAGGAAAAAAAGAAACUCUCAAAUGGAAAAUUACCAACAAAACAAGAUCAUGGUAGAUUUAUGAGAGAAAUUUGUCAUUUCAUAUCAUCAUCGUUGAGAUUUCAAUUUUGAAAAGUAUAAACUAUACUAAAAAAAACUACCUUAAAUACCUAAAAGUAGGUUUUAAUAAAGAAAAAAAAAAAGAAUAUUUACCUUCUAAUAAUACCUUUAUGUACAACUCUUACAUUUAAUUAAUAACUUUGUCAUGUUGAAUACAAAAUGAUAAAUUCAACAGUGAAUUAAAAGAUUUUUUGUGAAAUUUGGUGAGAAUUAUUGCGAAAAAAAUAUUAAUGCUAAAAUGAGAUUUUUAUGAAUGGAUUUUACAGAGGAAAAAAUUAAAGAGAAAAAAUAUUUUGUAGUAAUUUCGCGGAAUUAUUGUGCGGUAAUGAAAUUUUACUAUAAAAAUGUUUCGAUUUUUUUCGACGGUGUGAAUGUGAAUUGGUACAGCAACACCAAAGUACAAAGUUCACGUUAUUUUUUAGCUAACAAGCACCGUGAGUCAUGUGUAGAAAAUUCUUUCUAAAAUUAAAUUUUUAAUAAGCAAAAAAAGCGGAAAGAGAAAUUUCAUUUUGAGGAAAUGCUAAAAACAAUCCUAAGAAAAGAGAAAAGUUUAAAAGAUCCAGUAAGAGAGAGAGGAAUGAAAGAAAAGUCUUUGAUUAAAAAAAAACACCAUCAAAUAUUAGAAAUGUUAAAUUUAAAAAGAAAAAAAAUAUAUUUUUAUAUAUGACGCGAAGGCGGAAGAUGAAAAAAAAUGUAAUAUAUGAUGAAAACUUUGUUCUUUCUUACUAUAAGAUGAGAAGUUAAAAGAAGAAAAGUAAGAGUCAUGUUUAUAAUUCUCUCUCUUUUUUUCUAGAGUUAGAGGCUCAUUUUGAAAAAAAAAACAAGAAAAUUGACAAAAAACAUCUUUUCUAGUAAGAAAAAGAAAUAUUUUAUUUUAGAAGGCAUGAGCCCAAAAAAUGCUUCCAAGUAAUUAUUAUGGAUAAAAAAUAAAUAAUUACAAAAUGAUUAUUAUGAAAAAAAAACCUCACAAAAAAACUAAUAAAAAAUCAUUUAAAAAAUCUCAAGAAAAAAAAUCCACAAAACUUUAAUGAGAAAAGUCUAUGAUACUAUUAUUAAAAAAACAAAAGUGUUACUAAAAAAAACUUUAAUACAAUGAGUAAAGAAUUUGCAAUUUAGUAAAACGAAACAACAAUCAGUCCUAAUUUCGCUUUUCUAUCUUUAUCUUUUAUUUUUAUCGUGAUAAACUUUGCAAAAAUAAAUGAAAACAAUCUGUUUUCACCCAAGCGUAUUUUAUGGAGAUUUAAAUGGAAGUUGCUGCGUAUUCUUUUAUCAAUUAAUAAAUUUUUAGAACAAAUUUUGAAUAAAAAGUGUACUAAAAAUUUUAGAGAAUUUUUUUUAUAUUCAAAUUUAAUUGGCUUUUAAUGAAAAUUUUUAUAAGUAAAUUAUUGACUAAUGAAUUCUUGAUAGGAGAAAUUAUUUGAAAAAAAAAACUUUUCUAAUAAGAUUAGUGAUUAUUUUGUGAUCUCUGAUCAAUUUAGUACUGAAUAGUAACACUUGUUUACACGGUCAUGCGUUUUCUGUACUAAUAUCGCUCAAUUUAACGAUUUUAGUACUAAUUUUCGUACAAAAAUGCUAAUUUGUACUAAAGUCCGAUAAACGCUCUUUUUUGUUCUAAAACUGAACAAAAUUGGCAUUUUCUGUACUAACAUCACGCAAUUUGGAACAACUAUAAAAUUGCAAUCUUGCAUUUUCUAUUAGUACUAAAAUGUAGUGAUCAAUAAAAUCUCCUUAGAAAAAUUAAGCAUUAUCAUUAGAACAAAUUUCGAGGUAACUUGUACUAAAAUUCCGCGAUCACUAAAUAUUUUUAACAUAAAACAACGCGAUGAUUUCUUUUUUAUAUCAUUUUAAUUUAAAUCUUUCUGUGUAUUUAAAAGAAAGUUCCAAUUGUACUAAAAACCGUAAGAUCUUGUCUUUUUUUUAAGAUCGCGAAAGCAAUCUUUAAAAAAGUAUUCCAAGUUUAUUCUAAAUAAAAUCUUUACAGCAUUUUUUCCCCUUAAAAAUCUCCAUAAAUAUACAAAAAUUGACUAAAGCACAACUAAAAAUAAUAAAAAAUUUUAUUAAAUUGCGAAAAAGGAAAAUUUUUACCUCCCUCUCACCAAAAUUUAUUCUUAAAAAAAUUUAAUCUUUCUAACGGCCAUGAAAUUAGUGAACAAAAUUCUUAUGGAUUACAAAGCGUAGAAAAUAAGGAGUAUAAAAUGUAAUAAAUUUAAAAAAAGAUUAAAGAAUUUGAGAAACAAAAAAAAAAACGGAAAAAUUAAGAAAAUUUCAUUUUUUGUGGAAAUUUGAACAGUUUGCGAAGAAGAAAAGUUUUGCAAACGAAAGAUGAGAACAAGAAUUGGGUGGGAUAUUUUUUUUAAAUAAAAAGAGAGAAAGGAGAGUAAUAAUUGUGAUAAAAGCACUGAAUAAAAUCGGAAGGGAGAAAAGAGAGAACAAUUUGAUAAGGAAAGAGGGAUGACAAUGUUCUCAGAAAGAGAGGGAGUAUAAAAGCAAUAGAAGAUGUGUUUCGAUCUUGAGUAAGUGGCAAAAUUUUGGAGAUUAAAAAAAUUGAAUGAAGAAUUAAAAAUAAAUUUAAAAAAAUACUAAUAAAAACGAUACAAGAGAUAAUAGAAUUUAAUAAGAAGUAAAAGAAAAAGAGAAAAAUCUCUAAUUUUCCUUACCAAACCCUGCUUAACAUUAAUCUUUUUUUUAAGUAGAUGCUUCCGAGUUUUCAGUUAGUUUUCCACCCCCCUCAACAUUACUACAUAUUAUUACAUAUAAAAACUGCAGAACCUUCAACUUAUUUUGCUAGAAAACAAAUCUAAGAAUAGUAUCUUCCUACAUUUACUUACUAUUAAAACACUUUUUUGAAUUUUUAAGAAUUAUUUUUUUUUUAUAUCUUACACAUUUUUUUUGCUUUUCUUAUUUACAAAUGCUAUCCAACACUGAGAUAAAAAUUAUUUCCUAAGAAUUUAUUCUUAUUUUUUUCCAAUAUCCAGAGAACUACUUAAGAGAAGAUGAAAGAAAAAAAUGUAAUUUUAACUGAUAAAAAAAAACUAUUGCACUGAUGUAGUGUGAUAAAGAAGGAGAAAGAAAGAAAAAAAUGUACCCUAAAAUCUGCAGAAUUUGAAUGAUAAAGAAAACCCUAGAUUUAAGUUCUUUUUUAUACAAUUUGAGAAGUACUACAUUUUUGUUAUUGCUUAUGAUGAAGAAGACGAUAAGAGGAAAAAGAAAAAAAAGCCCAACACCGAUAGAACACAAAAAAAUAAGAGAAAAAAAAAUGAGGAGAAAAUUUGUCAUACUAUAUUGAGAAAGACUGUAAAGGAGAACUUUUUUUCAUAAUAAAUGUCCAAUAAUAAAUGAUUGUGAAGAUGAAUUAUGGAAAAAAUUCUCUUAAAAAAUAAUACGAAAAAAUACAAUGGAUUAAAAAAUCACAAAGAAAAACCAAAAUCUUACA